AUGCCCAACGCUUAUCAACCUCCCAAAUUCAUGUUUUUUGAUGGAAAAGGAAAUCCCAAACAACAUGUUGCACAUUUCAUUGAAACGUGUAACAAUGCUGGCACCGAAGGGGACUUGCUGGUGAAGCAGUUUGUUCGAUCGCUAAAAGAAGUUGCCUUCGAUUGGUACACAGACGAAUUAGCUCCUGGAUCAAUCGAUAGUUGGGAUCAAAUGGAGAAAAUGUUCCUGAAUCGCUUCUUCAACACUCGUCGUAUUGUCAGCAUGCUGGAGUUGACACAAACAAACCAGUUGGAAGGUGAACCGGUCGUAGAGUACAUCGAUCGCUGGCGGACAUUGAGUCUUCAAUGCAAGGAUCAUUUGCACGAAACUUCUGCAAUUGACAUGUGCAUCCAAGGCAUGGAUUGGGACUUGGUCUACAUCUUGCAAGGAAUCAGGCCUAGAACAAUCCAGGAUUUGGCAACUCGAGCUCAUGAAAUGGAGAAUUCGUUAGCCAAUCAUGAAGAAAAAUCUGAUUAG